AUGUGGCGGGGCCGGGCUGGGGCGCUGCCGGCGGCCAUCGGGGCGCUGUGCCGGGUGCUGCCGCCGGGGAGCCGGCCCGCCCCGGAGACCUUCCGCCUCGCCAAGUUCGACCGGCCCGAGGCGAGUUUGCAGAUUUGGAGGCUGCUGUAUUCUCUUCUAAAGCAAAUCCAUGACGGAGGAUGGACUGAGCCUGAUACCAUAGGAGGUAGCUGCGUUGAAGAUGAUGAAAGGAACAUGUCUGAACAUGCAGGAUCUUCAGGCACCCAAAUUAGGUUUGUAAAGUCAGUGUUACGGUACCACGGCUAUGGCAGGCCAGAAUUCUAUCAGCUCCCUUCCGAUGGCUCACAGGGUAGCAGAGAGUUGCUGCUGGCAUUUUCCUGGCUCCUAAACAGAAUCAGCCUGCUGGAGCGGCUACUGACUCUGAAUAGAGUGAAAAUCGGGGAUGAAGCCUCUGUGUGCACGUGUGAAGAUAAUCUCUCUAACAGCUGGAAGGACAGGACCGAAAUAGCACUCGAACCUUGUUUGAAAAGAGAAGUAGAUGUCCGAUAUCUCCAGUGGUUAACUGGCAGGCUGCGGUUCCAGUGGCGGAGUUUGCACGUUGACCAUCAGGAGCAAUGUAAACUCUUGCAUAAGAUUCAUUCUUACACUAGUGGCUGUCAUAUGGAUCAGACCAUCGGUCAUUUCUCUGUCACAGAAACCAAUCUCAUUAGACAACCAGAUAGCUACAAACAGUUGUUGCAGUUACUGGAGUCUGAAACCUCUCGAUUAGAAGCCUUUCUGGAAUGGAAACGACUGGAACCAGUUUAUUGGCACUGGAUGGAAACUGUAUUAGAUACCCUUGAUGAAGAUGCAAAUACAUUCAAGUCAGAAGAUGUUUGUAAAGAGAAAAACACUUUGCCAAAUGCUAACUUGUGUUGCCACAGUGCUAGCAAUAUUAUUGGAGAAAUUGACAAAUUGACCAAAGAUCUAGUGACUCUAGGUGAUGGACUGCAUGAGCUAGUAAAUUGCAAGAAGUCAGCAUGGUAUGAAAAGGUCAAAUCAAGAGAGAGAACACUUCCAGAUGAAAGGGAGUUUUGUGCUGCUGUCAGGACAAUAACAGAAGCUGUCAAGCUAAAACUAUCAGAUCUUAAAUACCAUUGUGCCCAUAAAAAAAAUGGAAUGCAUGGUUUGUACAGGCUGGUAUUUAAAGACAAGUGUUCUGCUAGCAAAACAGGUUUCCUCAGUUCGGUAUCGAAGGAGCCCAUUACAAAUGUUGUUAACGCCACAGAGGUGAUCAGUGAACUGCAAAUGGAAGAGGGCACUCUGAAGAGGGAGCUGAAGCGGCUGCAGGAAGAGUGCAGACACAAGCUAGAUGAGAUUGCAGAAGGGCUAGUUGGAGUGAUUUGUAUCCCACCUAUGAAGAGAGAUUAUAUAAGAUCUUGCUCAGAGCCUGCACAGGACUGUCCAUUCCAGCAGCAGCGUGUGCAUGGUCGGGUCUUCCUAAUGCUCCAGAGCUAG